UACAACGUGUGUUGCGUUCGUGUCGUGUGAAUGCAAAAAAAAAAUUAAAAAAAAAAUUUCUUUCGAAAAAUAUUAUCAUUAUUAAUCUGUGAAAUUUCUAACGCGCAUGCGUUGACAAACGUCAAGAAGCUUAGUCGAAACAAGCGUCAAAAUAACACGUGCUUGCGAAAAAGUGCAAAUGCUAACAAAUGCUGUUUUAAUAAAAUAAAUUAGCUUUUGUAUUAUUGUACAUUAAAUAAUGGCCAAAGACGUUAGUGCUAGUGAAACGAUUGAUCUCGAUUCUAUUUUAAAACAGCUCGGUGCUUUUGGAAAGUAUAACAUUGUUAAUUAUGCUUUGUUAUUAUUCCCCAUUUUUUUGGCGGGAAUGUAUGGAUCUGUGUUUGUAUUCGAAGCUCCUGAUAUAACUUACAGAUGUGAAAUCAGCCAAUGUGAAGAUGUGAAUAAAAGUAUGUGGUUAGAACAUGCAAUACCGCGUGAAAAAGAUAAUUUAUUAUCAAAAUGCAAGCAGUACCAAUUUAUUGGAAACUACAGUCAGAACAAUGGAACGUGCAGUGAACGAGAUUUCAAUAAAGCUGUUGUAGAAGAAUGUGAAAAAUAUGUGUACAGUGAUGAGGAUUCAGCUGUGAAGGAUUUCAACCUCGGUUGUCAAAAUUGGAAGAGAACUUUAAUAGGUACGAUACACAACUCCGGUCUUUUCCUUUCCCUGCCAUUGACGGGGAUAAUUUCCGACAGAUAUGGAAGAAAGAUCGCCCUAUCAAUAGCUUGCUUGAUGAACGGCAUCUUUGGCUUCAUCAGAUCUUUCUCAACCAGUUACAUUAUGAUGUUAAUCUUUGAAUUUCUCGAAGCUGGUUUAGGGGCAGGCGCUUACAGCACAGCGUUUGUAUUAGCGAUGGAGCUUGUUGGACCGAAGGGACGUGUAUUUGGUAAUACUCUAAUAAAUGCUGUCUACGUCCUUGGUUUAAUGUCCCUAUCUGGUCUAUCCUGGUGGUUACAAGACUGGAGACUGCAAAUCCGUAUAAUUUAUGCACCAGCUUUUCUUGGAUUUACAUAUUUAUGGAUCUUAAAUGAAAGUGUUAGAUGGUUACUAAGUAAAGGAAGACACAACGAAGCAGUAGAUAUAUUAAAGAAAGCAAUGAAAAUGAACAAAGUUGAUUUAACUGAUGAUGUUCUAUCACCGCUAUCAGAAUUAGGAGAUGUUGAAGAUACAAAGAGUAAAGAAGUUGCACCAAAGGAAGAAGAAAAUAAAUCUUCUUUCACCCAAGCGUUAAAAUCUAAUAUUAUUAGAAAAAGAGUGUUAGUGUGCUCGUUUUUAUGGAUUACUUGUACGUUUGUUUAUUAUGGAUUAUCAAUAAACUCAGUGUCUUUAGCUGGUAAUAAGUAUUUGAACUUUAUGUUGGUCGCAUUCGUUGAGAUUCCGGCGAACUUCGCGUGUUUGCUUGUGUUGGACAGAUUUGGUAGGAAACGGACUUUGAUAACUACUUAUGUGUUGAGUGCGUGCCUCUGCAUCAGUCUUUCUUUACUUCCUAAAGAUCAGAAAUGGUUGCCUCUCGUGAUCUACUUGUCUGGGAAGUUCUCCAUCACGGUAGCUUACAGCUCCGUGUACAUCUACGUGUCAGAAGUGUUCCCCACUAACGUGCGGCAGUCUCUACUAGCCGUCUGCUCUGCGUUGGGUCGCGUCGGAUCCACGCUGGCACCUCUCACACCACUACUGGCGUUGUACUACGACAACCUGCCAGCGAUAUUCUUCGGCAGUAUGACUCUAGUGGCCAGUGCUCUUGUGUUUACUUUACCAGAGACAAUUAACGUACCUCUGCCUGACACAGUGGAGGAAGCAGAGAAACUAUCAAGAAGAAAAGACGUAAAAGAUAACGCGUAAUCAUUCCAGAAUUUUGUUCGCUCAAUGUACCUUGAAUCCAAAGAAAACGUUUAUAUAUUUGUUAUUAUUUUUUUUUAAUCUUUUACAUUUGCCUUAAAGAGGCUAGUUGACUUUUUAAUGUGCCUAAAAUUGCGUCUGAACCUUUGGAACUGUAAGGCAAAGAUUAAACAUUCAAAUUAGUUUAUAUUUAUACUGUCAGCCUCUCAGAGGCAAAUAAUAGUCACUAUUCACAAAAACAAAGUACUUCUAGCAAAGGGAUAUAGUAAAUUCAAAUAUAGAAAUCAAAUACGAAGACAUUCCUUAUGUUUAAAAUAAUACAUUUAUUUUUAAUUCAAUAGGCAGUAUUGCCAAUGUACGUAUUUUUUUAACGAAUAAGAAACAGACUUUGUGGCCAGUAAUGGUUUUGGAAUGAUUGAAGUAUUACCCCUACUACUGGAACUAAAAAAGUUUAUUAAAGUGUAGCACAAAUUUUCCCCGAACAUCAACUGAUUUUUUUUUACUUUUUAUUAUAUAAAUAAAUAGUUUAUAUAUCAAUGUUGAUUGAUUAAACUCUCGUACAAAAACUAAAUAAGUAGUUGUAAGGAUGUAAAAUAUAAGAUUUUU